AUGUCCAGCCCAGAGUUAGACGAAGCUUCGCAAUCGGUGAUAGAUUUUUUAACCGCAAAUGUUCGAAAGAGAGACGAAAGUGAUAUAACCAACGAAUUGAAAAAGGACUUUUUGCUGGCCAAAAAGAAAAGUAAGGAAAAAAAGAGAAAGCCUAAUAAAAAGAAAUCUAGAAUACUAGGACGGAAGGAGAGGAAGAGUCUGGGUUUCUAUACAAUACAGAGAAACGCUAUUAAGUAUAAUGAAAUGCUGCCAUUAAAUAAAGUGUGGUGUGAAUAUAUGAGUCAGUUGCUAGAGUUAGAUCAGCCGGUGCCAGGAUAUAACAGCAAAAAUUGGGAACAGUUCUCACAGACAUUACAUAAAGCAGAUUUCCAUGGUAGCUACAUACAAGUUGUCCGAUCUAAGUGCCCUUCCUACGUCGGUAAAAAAGAUGUGGCAGUCAUAGCUGGUUUCGCCAUAGACCUCCAAACAGAUCCAUCAAGAUCACUCCGCACGUCCACACCAACAUCUUGUAUAGUUUGGGUAUCAAAUGUCACUAUUGUUAUUAUGAUAGCCAGUGCUGGCGUGUACCAGGGAUCUGGACGUUUCGCAACCAACAUAAAUACUCUCAAACAAAUGAUAGAGAUCAAAACCUUCAUAGGCCUUAAGGCUGAAUCGUAUUCUGACAGCAAUAAUAGUUUGUCAGUCACCUUCAUGUCAUCUGCACUUUGCUUUCUACUUGUAACAGAUCUUUUUUCAUGGGUAAAGGAAGCUAUUUAUUCUGACAAAGACGGUAAAAGCUUGACAAGGUAUUUAUACCCUUCUGACUCUAUUGGAAUCACGACUUUAAACAAUUAUGUUUUAAACCGACCCAAGCGUAAGUCUUUACUCAAACCCGACGCUAAACUAUUAUAUAGAACAAGUUUUACAGACGAGAGUAAAGAUGGUGACCUAGAAGUGAUUAAUGGCGGGAAUAUAAGAAAUACGUCGAUAGCGUACGGAUUAAUCUGCGAUGUUUUGAGAGAAAUUAAUGACAACUAUGGUAUUGUGCUACUAUUUGUAGUGCUGUCGUUCUUUCUUCAGCUCAUCAUAACGCCAUAUUAUAUGCUGACCGCAUUAUAUAGAUGA